UGUGGGUCCAAGACUGCAGUUCAUCUUGAGCCAUCUUAGGCCCUCAGUCUGGACUGAAUCUCACUGACUUGGGAUAUUUUAUUCACAGCCCAGGUUUUCUGCUUUUGUCAUGGGUUGGCCCUGGGCCCCGCUGACAGCAGUUUGGGCACUGGGGGUCAUGGGAGCCACAGCGCUGCGGAUUGGAGCCUUCAAUGUUCAGAGCUUUGGAGACAACAAAGUGUCAGAUCCAGACUGUGGCAGUGUCAUAGCACAGAUCCUGGCCGGCUAUGAUAUCGCCCUGGUGCAAGAGGUACGAGACCCAGACCUAAGUGCAGUGUCCUUGCUCAUGGAGCAAAUUAACAGAGUGUCCAAGCACGAGUACGGCUUUGUGAGCAGCAAGCCACUCGGACGUGACCAGUACAAGGAAAUGUACCUGUUUGUUUACAGGAAAGAUGUAGCGUCAGUGGUGAGCACGUACCAGUAUCCAGACCCAGAGGACGCUUUCAGCCGGGAGCCUUUUGUGGUCAAAUUCUCAGUUCCUAGCUGUGGUGAGUUGAUACUGCCCUCUCCCAGACAAGCCUACCUCUUCCAGGCUUCCCUUGACCCUCAUAUCCCCCCACCUUCCACAGCCACCAAGGAGCUGGUGCUGAUCCCCCUCCAUGCAGCACCACACCAGGCGGUGGCAGAGAUCGACGCGCUCUACGAUGUGUACCUUGAUGUCAUUGACAAGUGGAACACUGAUGACAUGCUGUUUCUGGGUGACUUUAAUGCCGAUUGCAAGUACGUGAAGGCGCAUGACUGGCCAUCGAUCCGCCUUCGAAGCAGUGAGGUGUUUAAAUGGCUCAUCCCAGACAGUGCGGACACCACAGUGGGCAACUCAGACUGUGCCUAUGACCGGAUUGUAGUGAGUGGCGCCCAUCUGCGCAGGAGCCUGAAGCCCCACUCAGCCUCAGUUCACAACUUUCAGGAGGAAUUUGACCUAGAUCAGACCCAGGCUCUUGCCAUCAGUGACCAUUUUCCUGUGGAAGUGACUUUCAAGACUCACUGAGAGCCAAGGCCUCAGGAUAUGCCACCUGCAGACUAUUACCACAAGGACUGGCACCACAGUGAAUCAUUCAGGUGGCAGGCCACCCACCCACUGAGGACACAGGGUCGGACCAGCUGGUGUGGACAAUGGCUGUGAACACAUUUACAGGACUCCUUAAAGCUCCCAUUUCCUCAUCUGCAAGGUGAACUAACAUCACCUACCUCAUCGGGCUGCUGUGAGGAGAACCGAGCAGCGCCAGGCACAUAGCUGCAUGCUUAAUAAACAAGCCGCUCUUGGCCAGGACUACCCACAGGUUGGAUGGGGCCUCUGCUUUCUGAGACCUCUGUACCGAGGCUGCAGAGCCUGGUCUUACUGUCCAGUAGGUCUAUUUCCAUUGUUGUUGUUCACUUCCCAGCCUGGAGGAUGCUGGCUCCUCCACACCAUGCCAGCUCCCUAUCCUUAUUGCCUUUGUGCGAACUUGAAAUGCUCGUAUGAAUCAUCACCCAGUCACCCAGUGGCAGCUCAGAUGGUAAUGUCUUUCUGGACCCUGCUGGAUUUGAGAGCAGGCCCUGAUCAUUCUGCCCCAGGGAUCCUAAGGCCUCACGUAGCACUGCCGGCAGCGAUGGCGGCUACACCUACCCCGUUAGUGAGCUCUUCUGCCACCUUCUGAAAAGGAACCUACAGCAAAGGCAACUGCUGGGCACGGAGUCCUACCCAGCCUGCACUCUGCUUAGGCCAAGCUGUUCAAAGGUGCCUCAUGGAGUAGCUUUAAAACUUUGGGCUGGGCGAGGCCUCGGCAGGAUGGAGAUUUUAUGCUCAGGUGGGCCAUCACUUUAGGAGCAGGAAAUAGCUCUGUAGACACAAGGCUCUCAUAAGGCUUCUAGUUGUUAAAACUUGUCGUGUGUGUGUGUGCACGUGUACAUGCACAUGCACGCACACAUGCAUACGUGCUACUAUGGAGGCCCAAGGUCAAUAAAACCUCUUUAGUGA